GACACAGUCGUCAAAGCGACCGACGAGAACCUCACGAGCGAGAACUGGGAGUUCAUUCUCGAUGUAUGCGAUCGAGUAUCUGCCGACUCCUCUGGACCGUCCCAGGCCGUAGCCUCCAUCAUCAAACGCUUAGCACAUCGCAACGCCAAUGUUCAACUAUAUACCCUUGAGCUGGCGAAUGCCUUGUCGCAAAACUGCGGAGCUCCUCUACACCGCGAACUCGCUUCGAAGGCCUUCACGGAUGCGCUACUCCGACUCGCCGCCGAUCGCAAUACUCAUGCGCAGGUCAAACAGAAGGUGAUGGAGAGGAUGGGUGCCUGGACGGAGGAGUUUCGGUCGUCGCCAGACUUGGGCAUCAUGGAGCAGGCAUACGGGAAGCUGAGGAUGCAGCAACCAAGUUUGCUACCGCCGAGUAAGCCAGUGAAGAAAGAGAUCAGCAGCGAUGACAGGAGGAAAGAGGACGAAGAGCUUCAGUUGGCUUUGGCAUUGAGUAUCAAGGACAAAGGAGCGAGCGAUGCUGGCACGAGCAAUGUUCAGCAGCAGCCGCAACAGCAGCAAGCAGCUCAGUCGCAACCUGCACAACCACAGGGGACGACAGCUGCGACUGUCAGCAGGGUGCGUGCUCUGUACGACUUCACACCAACCGAGGCGGGCGAGCUGGCUUUCCGCAAGAACGAUAUCAUCGCUGUGUUGGAAUCGGUUUACAAGGACUGGUGGAAGGGCAGCUUGCGCGGACAGACUGGUAUCUUCCCGCUCAACUACGUUGAGAAGCUACAGGACCCCACAAAAGACGAGAUGGAGCGCGAUGCGCAGAUGGAGUCGGAGGUAUUCGGCGAGGUCAAGAAUGUGGAGAAGCUGUUGGCGUUGCUCAGCGUCGGCGGCGAGGCCGGCGGACGGCGAGGCGAGCGCGAGGAGGAAGAGAUCAGCGAAUUGUAUCAGCGCACUCUGAGCAUCCGGCCAAAGCUCAUUGAGCUAAUAGCCAGGUAUUCGCAAAAGAAGGACGACUUCACACAGCUGAACGAAAAGUUCAUCAAGGCGCGGCGAGAUUACGAAGCACUGCUGGAAUCGUCCAUGUCUCAGCCUCAGUAUCAGCAGCAGCAAUAUCCCAUUCGGGCUCGACAACCACAGCACUACCCACCACAACACCCGACUCCAUACGGAGGCCCACAGCAGCCAGCAUCACAGCCUUAUCAGCAGGGCCCGCCUCCUUCACAAGGAUAUCAGACACCCCAGCCCUUCGGCCAGCAACAUCAGCAGCGUAUGCCACCGCAGCAAGACACGCAACGUUACUUCUCACCGCCACCAGCGGAUGCAUCAGGUCCGAGCCCUCCCUUCGCAGCUCCGUACCCGCAGCAAAAUGGACCGCCACCCACACAGAACGGCCCUGCUCCGUUCCACUUCCUUCCGGGCGGACAGAUUCGACCGAACAGCAUUCACACCCUCAACAGUGGUAACCCGCAAGAGCUCGCUACCAGCGGCUAUGAGUCUCCCACCGACAACAGGCACUCAUAUCCCUCUGCACACGCCCAGCAGCCGCCAGGUCAAGACCAAGCCUACAAUGCGUACGUCCAGUCUCAACAAGCACCGCCAGUCCAAGCACAGCAAGCGCCACCACCGCAACCCCAACACGCCCCUCCACAGCUACAGCAACAGCCUGCCGAGCACACCAUGCCACACCGACAACGAACGCAAAGUUUCGAAUCGCCCACGAGUAUGUACUCCGCACAGCCAGAUGGCCAGCAUGCGCCGCCACAACAGCCCAGCGCGCCGCCACCGGGUGUGCCAUCAGCGCCUGGUAUGCCAUCGGCGGGAAGUGCGCCGUAUCAGGCUUAUCAGCCCUAUCAGCCGCAACAGCAGGCGACGCCCUCGGCUGGGAACGAUGGUGAUCCGGGAGACUUUUACCGCUGA